UUCAUGAAUUUCAUCAGUUGUGCUUGUUAAAAUGAAUCAAAGCAGCAAUAAAAAAUUAUUUGUGAUUUUAUUUUUAAUUUCAUCAAUUUUUGUGUCUACAAAUGCGAGGAUUCCUGAAGGUUUUUGCGAUGGCACUGAAGUAGUUGAAUUUUUACCGCAUCCUGACAAUUGUUUUCAGUUUGUUUUAUGUAUUAUGCAAAUCCCAACAGUUGUUGACUGUGAAGCGAACCAAAUUUUCAAUAAAGACACAUCUAGAUGUGAAGAUGGAGAUCCUGUUACGUGUGAAUUUGUUACAACUACAACAACAACGACAACAACAACCACAACAACUCAAAUACCUCCAACAACAACAACCACAACAACUCAAAUGCCUCCAACAACAACAACCACAACAACUCAAAUGCCUCCAACAACAACAACCACAACAACUCAAAUGCCUCCAACAACAACUACAACAACAACUCAAACGCCUCCAACAACAACUACAACAACGGUUACUGAAGGCCCAACAACAACUACAACAACAAGAGAAUAUGUCCCAACAACCACAACAACAACAACGGAAUAUACAACAACAACCACAACAACAGUUACUGAUGAGCCUACAACAACGACAACAACUCAAUCCACCACAACAACGACACCAGAAGGUCCAACAACAACCACAACAACAGAAGCAGGACCAGAAAUAACAACUAAAGAAAUUACAACAACUCAACGUCCAAUUGGUCCACCAGAACUUUGUGUUGGAAGCAAUUUCAGAUUCAUUGCAGAUCCUGACUAUUGUUUCCGAUUCUAUUAUUGCAUGUUUGGGAUUGCACUGCCCGGUGAAUGUGAGCCAGACAGGAUUUUCAGUGAGAGAUGGAGGGGAUGUGUGCUUGGAGAUUGGGAUACAUGUGUACCUGUAAAUCCAGUGUCUAUUGUAACUUCAAUUGGGCCACUGAAUUAAAUUUAUUCACUUUUGGCUUUGGAUUAAAUAAAACGUGAUUU